UUGCGCUCUUUGUGUACAUGCACUAUUUGCUUUAUGCUCUAAGGGACGCUGUUGAACAGUUUUAGUAGACCAUAUGACAUACUUUACACGUCAGUCCUCUGUCUUUCUCUGGUCCCUCCCUCGUUGCACCAGAUCCCUGCGCGAGAGAGGACGUUUCAGACAUCUUCGACAUCGGUUUUGCUUUAUUUUGUUGUUACAAUCCUUGGAUAGGCUGCUAUUGCCAGUGCUUUGCCAGUGUUAAUUGCUGAUAACAUCGUUGAUUCUAAAUAUGUUUCCACCAUUCGUGCUCGAAGGAUGUGCAUUCUUGCUCCCCGGGGUCUGGAAAUGGCAGAUGCGACUCUUCAUCGCUUUUGUUUGCCUCGCUGUCGGUGCGCACGGGCAGGUCCGCUAUUCUGUUCCCGAGGAGAUGGCGAAGGGCUCACUAGUGGGAAAUAUUGCUCAGGAUCUCGGAUUGGACGUUAAAAGACUGAAAUCGGGGAGAGCCAGGAUUUUUACCGAGGACAGUCGUGAGUACAUCGGUCUGAAUGCAGACAAAGGGACGUUGGUUAUUAAGGAUAAGAUAGACCGAGAGGAGCUGUGUGCCCAGUUGUCUCCCUGCUCGUUGCAUUUUCAAAUCAUUCUGGAAAAUCCAAUGGAGCUGCAUCGUAUUGAUGUAGAAAUUCUAGACAUUAACGAUAACGCACCAGUGUUCUCAACAAAAGAAAUAGAUUUUGAAAUUAUUGAAUCGUCUCUUCCGGGUACGAGAUACGCACUAGACAGCGCAAAUGAUCCUGAUGUCGAAUUGAAUACACUGCAAAGCUAUACUCUAAGCCCCUCUGACCAAUUUACCUUGAAGACCAUGUCAAAUCACGAUGGGUCAAAAUAUGUGGAGAUGGUUUUACAAGCACCUCUAGAUAGGGAAAAACAAGCCGAACAUAAGUUAAUAUUAACUGCAUAUGAUGGUGGUAAUCCUCAGAAGUCUGGCACUGUUAAAAUCAAUGUUAGAGUUUUGGAUGCAAAUGACAACGCCCCUGUAUUUACGCAGUCUGUGUAUAAAGCUGUAUUACCCGAGAAUGCUGUUAAAGGCACUGAGAUAGUGAUAGUGACGGCCACUGAUCAAGACCAGGGACCAAAUGCAGAGGUCACUUACGCUUUUUCAAGAAGAUCCGGUAGCGUUAUGGAUCUUUUCAAAGUUGAUCCCAUUAGCGGUGAGAUCACGGUGAGUGGCCCUUUAGACUUUGAGAAAAACAAACAAUUUCAACUUAAUUUAGAGGCAACAGACAAAGGUGGACUAUCGGAUAGGUGUAAAGUCAUUAUUGAGCUCACUGACGUCAAUGACAAUGCUCCAGUUAUAAGCGUAAUAUCUUCAUUCAGCGCCAUCCCUGAAAACUCAGCAUCAGAGACCGUUAUAGCGAUGCUGAACAUAAAAGAUAUAGAUUCAGGGAAGAAUGGGCAGGUGAAAUGCACAGUCAGUCGAGAUGUACCUUUUAGAAUCACGUCAUCGUCUUCUAAUUUCUAUUCUUUGGUGACAGAUCAGGUUUUAGAUCGAGAAAAGGUGCCCGAGUAUAACAUAACGAUUACUGCUACCGACGAAGGCUCUCCUCCUUUGUCUACAAAUGCAACUAUAACUCUAAAAAUAUCUGAUGUCAAUGAUAAUGCCCCGUUUUUUACCCGACAGUCUUUCACUGCACAUAUAAUGGAAAAUAAUUCACCCGGGGCAACCAUAAUUGCAGUGGAGGCGAAAGACAAAGACAAAGGCAACAAUGCGAGAGUAUCGUAUUUUCUAGAGGAGUCUCCGGUUAAUGGGAUAUCUCCUAGUGACUACAUCUCUGUAAAUGCUGAGAGUGGGAUGAUUGUUGCAGCUCGCUCGUUUGAUUAUGAACAGAUAAAAGAGCUCACCUUACGCGUAAAAGCGCAGGACGGAGGCUCGCCACCCCUCAGUAGUAACGUGAGUGUGAGAAUUAUUAUUCAGGAUCAGAAUGACAAUGCGCCACAGAUUCUAUAUCCGGUGCAGUCAAGUGGCUCUAUUGUUGCUGAAAUAGUACCUCGUUCAGCUGAUAUAGGCUACCUGGUCACUAAAGUGGUGGCUGUGGAUGUGGACUCUGGGCAGAAUGCCUGGCUCUCAUAUAAACUACAGAAAGCGACAGACAGGGCUUUGUUUGAAGUGGGCACACAGAAUGGAGAAAUAAGAACCAUCAGACAGGUGACUGAUAAAGAUGCUGUGAAGCAAAAGCUUACGGUCAUUGUGGAGGACAACGGACAGCCCUCUCGCUCUGCUACAGUGAAUGUCAAUGUCGCUCUGACAGACAGCUUUCCAGAAGUGCUCUCUGAAUUCAGCGAUUUUACGCACGACAAGGAGUACAAUGAAAACUUGACUUUCUAUCUCGUCUUGGCAUUAGCUGUAGUGUCAUUUCUAUUCAUCGUGUCCAUCAUAGCCAUAUUGUCAGUGAAGUGCUACAGAUGGAAACGUGAGAGGAUGUUUUAUAAAUCAAAUGGACAGCUCCCGGUUAUUCCAUACUACCCACCACUUUACGCAGACGUGGGAGGCACUGGCACACUACAGCAUGUCUAUAACUAUGAUAUGUAUAGAACGACAGACUCCAGAAAAAGUGAUUUGAAGUACAGUGGGCCUUGCAGCGAAAGCAUCAUAAGCCUUGAUGCUAGAGAAACACAGACUCUGCCGCAUGCGCAAAGGGGCGUAAAGAAUUUUGAGUCUUCAGACGACCAGGUGAGGAAUCGUAUCAUUUUGACCAAGCAGACCGUUUCUCUUCAUAACACUGCAGUUGCACGUUAA